AUGCUGUUCAAAUAUCUCAUCGGCCAACCCUGUCUGCUCUCUCUCUUCUGCUCUCCAGCCUUAGCGGCUCCAGUCGAUAACCUUGCGGACGACGCAGCGCUGAUUACCCGAGCUGAUAGGGGCUCAGUCAAAAGUAACCCAAAAGACGCGACAUUUGACGUUACUGGAUGGAAAGAUAUUUCCGAAGAGGAUUGCUAUGUGAUGCUCUGUCUCAAGGGGGGAGAAAGAACAUGGCAAAGAAUCGACACGCCUGGUUUGAACGAGGUCAAUUACAAAGAGUCGGGAGCAAAGGCGGUGCCUUUCCGUAAGGAUCAGGUGCCCAAACGUCAUACUGGGCAAAUAAAUCCGAACCCUGGGGUGAAAUCGGAGACCAAUAGUGCAGAAGAGUUCCCAUGGGAGAGUAUGGCACAAGGGGGCUCCGGGGCCAAUUUGCUCCCUGCCACGAGGUAUCAACAAAAUCAACAAGGCAAUGCUAUCAAGACUGGCUUCCGGAGAAGCGAAGUCAACCUCGGAGAAUGGUUCAGAAUCACAUUCACGGGCGACUUAGGCCCAAUCUGCCAGGCGUUACAAAGAGACCCUCCAGACACGAGUAUUUGCAAGAAUCCUGAGGAGUCCUUGUUUGGCAAGAAAAUAAACCUCAACAACUGGGUCUGGUACAUGGCUAAGGUUGGAGGAAGUCUUGUGUACUAUCAUGCGGCUGGUGACUCUAAAGGUAAAGUUGGGAAGCGAACGAUUCCCAUAGAGACGCCUACCCUUCACUCCGAAGGAUACAUGUUUGUCGAGGAGCGUUCUGAAGUUGUUAAAAAUGGCGAUCUUACUCCCAUCAUAAGCGUGGAUGAGGAUUUCGAGAACGGCGAGCUCACCGAAGCAGACUUGGAGAUCAUCAAGCCAUGA